CCGCGGUGGUGUGUGGCCGGUGUGUGUGUGUGUGUCUUCAGGAGGCAGACUUAACAGUCAUUUAACCCCUCACACACACACCGUAGUUUACUCUCGUUUUCGAGAGCGGAUACCUCAAUGGAUUAACUCAGAACCGUGUCACGGACUUUAUUUGUUUUUUAGUUAGAUUUUUGGGCUAUUUUCGCGCCCCUCAGCGAGCUAAGCUAGUCAUCGAGCUCGCGAGCUAAGACUGAUUUGUUUAUAAAAGUUCCGUACGCCGCAAAUACCACACAACGACUAUUUUCCACGGACAAAUCCACUUGGAAUUAUUUAUAAAGUCACUCCCGGGUAGGACCGGUUGAAAGAAAGAAGAGACAACAUUACCUCACCGAAGCUAACGAGCUAAGGAGCUAAUGCUCGUGUCCGCGCAAGUGACGAUUAGCUCAUUUAAGCUUGCGUUUAACGUUAACUAUUGUGUUUCUUCGGUCUUUUACUUGUUUUGCAGUCAUGGUAAAUGCCUGAUCUGUGUUGGUGAGUGGUGGUGGUCUGUGCUUGCAUAGUUCAGCUGCAACCACUCACAUUAUUUAUCUUCAAUAGUUGGUUUAACGUUUGUAUUAGUGCGUUAUGUGGCUUAUCGAUCAGUCCGAAGAUACACAUUUGGUUAUUAUUCCAGAAUAACCGCAUCUCACAUGGACAGUGCUAUUUUGUAAGAGGGCAGGUGCACUGACCCAACAGGUCAUUAGUCUAAACAAGCCUCUGUAAGUGUAUUGCUGGUUUGUUUCCUGAUCAGGCCUAUGAUUGUAACGGGGAAUAAGGAUGAGUCGUGUAAGCAACGAGGUUUAACACGUGGAUUGUCAUCUCCAAAUACAGAUUUGUGUUUAAGUGGGCAGCUACAGUUGAGACAGUCUUGGGCUUGGCCUGGCAUCAUGGGGGGUCGUGCAACGGGGCUUUCGGUAAUCUACAUAGUCUCUAAUUAGUCUUUUUGACGUUAUGUAGUCGGUUUACAAUUUAAAUAUUUUUAUUAUAACUAUGUGUGUUCUCCGUCCCACGACCGACACCUGAUAUUUUAUUAAAAACAAUACUGAACUGGACCAACUGGUCAGUCUGGAUUAAGAGGCCCUGUCUUUUGUUUCUGAUUGGAGUAACAUUCCCCAGCCAUCAUCCUCAAUGCCUUCUGCGCUGGCCGUGUUCACCUGCCGCCCAAAUUCACACCCGUUUCAGGAACGUCAUGUCUACCUUGAUGAACCGGUCAAGAUCGGGCGCUCGGUGGCCCGGAGUCGCCCAGCCCAGAACAACGCUACCUUCGACUGCAAGGUGUUGUCGAGGAAUCAUGCUCUGGUGUGGUUCGACCACAAGACAGGACAGUUCUAUCUCCAGGACACCAAAAGCAGCAAUGGCACCUUCAUUAACAGCCAGCGUCUGAGCCGUGGGUCGGAGGAGAGCCCACCAUGUGAGGUGCUCUCUGGUGACAUCAUACAGUUUGGGGUGGACGUGACCGAGAACACCCGGAAAGUCACUCAUGGCUGUGUAGUGUCGACCAUCAAGCUCUUCCUACCAGAUGGCAUGGAAGCUCAGCGACGAUCAGAAGUUGUUCCAGCACCACUACCACUUGCUACUGAUAAGGUGUCUGCAAGUACACCCAGUAUGUAUUCUCAGGAGCUGUUUCAGCUUUCCCAGUACCUGCAGGAGGCCUUACACAGAGAGCAGAUGUUGGAGCAGAAGUUGGCCACUCUUCAGAGGUUGCUAGCCAGCACACAAGAAGUAUCAGAAAGCAGCUGGCAGGCUUUAAUCGAUGAGGACCGGUUACUCUCCAGAUUGGAGGUGAUGGGGAAUCAGUUGCAAGCAUAUUCAAAAAACCAAACAGAAGACAGUAUCCGCAAGGAGCUUGUAGCCUUAACAGAGGAUAAACACAAUUAUGAGACGACAGCCAAAGAGUCCCUGAGGCGGGUCCUUCAGGAGAAGAUCGAGGUGGUCAGGAAGCUGUCCGAGGUGGAGAGGAGUUUGAGUAACACAGAGGACGAGUGCACGCACCUGAGAGAGAUGAAUGAACGCACACAAGAGGAGCUCCAAGAACUCGCCAACAAAUACAAUGGAGCCGUUAAUGAAAUCAAGGACCUUACAGAAAAGAUUAAGAUGGCGGAGGGCAAACACGAUGAGCUCACUCAGAAAGGACUGAAUGAGAAGAAAGAACUGCAGUUGAGGAUUGAAGAGAUGGAAGAAAAGGAGCAAUCGCUUCAGGCCCGAAUCGAAGCCCUGCAGGCAGACAACGACUUCUCGAACGAGAGGCUAACGGCCCUGCAAGUCCGUUUAGAACAGCUGCAGGAGAAAAGCAUAAAGGAAAAUAACAGUUUAGACCACUUUCUUUUAAAGAGUGGAGGAGGCUGCACUUUAAUCCAACAGUACAUUAAGUGUCAAUCGGUGAGACAGUUAAAGGAGGCUGUGGACUCUUCUAUUAACAAACUGUCCAACUUUGAUGAGGUCAUUGAUGCACAUCUUCAGAAUAAUGAGACAACUGUGGACAACAGCCUGGCCAGUCCAGACAGACUUAAAGAAAACCAAAUAGAUUCUAAAGAGUGUGACAUGUCAGAUACUCUGAGCCCCAGCAAGGACAAAAGCAGCGACGACACCUCAGAUGGACAGAUGGAUGAGCAAGAACUGAAUGAGACUCAGAACAGGGGUUCUCUUUUGAAAGAGAUGGACAGGAACCUAGAUUCCGAAGACACUGAGCAGGUCAUUCCACACCUCCACAGAGAGCUGCAGGAGGCACAGGAGCUCGCCAACACCGGCAAACAGAGAUGCCUCGAGCUUCAAGCUCUGCUGGAGGAAGAGAGGAGAACUAACAGACAGCAGACGGAAGAAUCUGCUAAACAGAUCCGCUUCUUACAGACUCAACUUUCAAAGCUCCAGUCUGACAUGGAAGCUCUGCGUGAACAGAGGGAGAACACCAUUACCAGCACCAGAGAGGAGCUCUACAGCGCUCAGGAGGAGAUCCUGGUGUUACGUCACGCCAUGGAGGCUGCCACUGCCGAGCGGGAGUGUGAGAUGGCUGCCUUGCAGGGAGACCUGAGCAUCGUCACUGCCGAACUAGACAAAUGGAGACAGAAGGCCGCCAAGUAUGAAGUGGAAAUCAGCAAUCUACAGGCCAGCUUUCAGAUGCAGAGCCAGCAGCAAGAGAGUGCCAGUCAACUACAAGGUGCGCUGGAGAAGCUUCAGACCGAGUGCUGUGGUCUUCAGCAUGAUUGUGAUAGUUUGCGUACUGAGAAAGCCACACUGUUAAAGAAACUGCACAGACUGCAGGAAGAGCUCAACAGCUCCAGAGAACAGAGUGCGACACUCAGCUGCAGUUUAAAUGCUCUGGAGAAAUCACAGGGUGACCUGGAGAACAAACUGGGCUCUAUACAGGAUCAGCACCAACAAAACGCCAGCAAACUGAAGAUACAACUGGCCCAAGCAGAGGACCGCACCAGAGAUCUGCAGAAGGAGUAUGACGACACUCAGAAUCUGCUGUCAGAUCUUAGGCAGCGGUAUGAACAGACCGAACAGGAGAAACGCUCCAUCAACGAUGAGCUGGAGCAGUGCAAGGUCAAUCUGAAGCUCCUGCAAGAGAAAGGAAGCAAUCCACCCAUAUUGCAGCCUGUCCAAGCCAUAUUCAUCGGUCUAUUCCUGGCUUUGCUGUAUUGGUGCUUCGGCCAGUUGUGGUAGAAAGAGCGGAUGGAUGCCCUGGAUGCCGGUGGUCGCCGCCGUGAUUGCCGUGGCAGCAGUGGUGCUUUAUCCUAACCUAUCCAAGAGCUCGUCCUGAGAGCGUGAACCAAUCGCAACACUUUGUGUAUGUCCAGCCCCAGUCAUGUUUAGUCCUGGGACGAGGUCUAAAACUGAACAUAAUACCUCCUGAUUUACAGCCCAUUGGGUCUCAGCAAUGUCUGUGUAAAUGCAAAUGUAUAUAAUAUAGAAAGACAGAGGGGAUAAAGUUCGUAUCGUAUAUUAUAGAAUAAAUACUCUAUCUGCAUUUUUGACAUUCGAAUGGGAAUUUCAGAUUAUUAAAAUGGCCUAACCUAGGCCUAACUUUUUUGUUUUCUGGGAUGGGGUACCAUGUUUUCUGUUAGAAAGUUUUUUUUUGUUGUUGUUGUUGACUAUACUUGUUGUUUGCCAUGUUAGUUGUUAAUGUGGUAUUCCAAAUAGCCAAAUGAGAAUCUGAACUCUGUGGCACAACUCGAGGGGUGAAGUGCCUAAUUUUAAAUAGUUCACAUUGAAGUGCCACUCAUGCAGCAUCUCAUUAAUUUGAUUUUAAACCGAAAAUGUCAAAAUUUCCCUAUGGUUUGUGCUGUAAUUGUGUUCGAACUGACAUGCUUCUAGCACAGUGAUGUGGUUGUCCUCUAUGGCUGUUCUCUCUUGUAUCAUGUAUUCUAAGCAAAUGUUAAAGACACUACAAAUAUCGGAGUGAUUUUGAAAUUCGACUUUCUUCACAUGUACGAUUGUGGUCAGUGUUGAACGGACUGGAACAAUGACUUAAAAACAAAUGUUGUAGCUUUUUACCAACACUGAAGACGGGGCACUUUCAUUUCACGGCUAUGGCACGUCGUUUGAGGAAUAAAAUGGUCUUCUGCAGUUCCUCUUGAUGAACGCUCUGGGAUUUUGCGGCCUUAAAUGUUUUCUCUUCUCGCUGAAUGAAAUUGAUUGCAAAGGCUUUGAUGCAGAAGUAGAAUAUAUAUAUAUAUAUAUAGUGUGAAGCGGAGGUGGGCGGGGCCGGGCUACAAUGUCGCACGCCCGGUCCCCAAUCGGCCUGAUGGGGCGCAUGAGGGAUAAAGGCGGCCGGUGACGACGGUUCGAGAGAGAGAGAAUUACGGACAUGUCCGUCGUGUGUGUUUUGGUUUAAGUUUUCAUUAAAUGAUUAUUUAUAUUGACAAGCCGGUUCUCGCCUCCUCCUUGCCCAUCCUAACCCCCUUACAUUGGUGCAGAAACCCGGCGUCAGUGUAAAGGAUUCAAUGGGAAGGAGGAGGCGAGAACCGGCUUGAGGAUAUAAAUAAUAUUUUAAUGAGAAACUUAAAAGACAACAUAAACCCACAUGACGGAUAUAUCCGUAAACGAUCUCUCUCUCCCGCACGAUCCUCUGCAGUCGACCUUUAUCCCUCACGUAGGCUUGAUUAGUGUGUAGUAUCACGACCCGCCUCCACCCUGCCACAUAUAUAUUUAAAAAAAAUAAUUGGUGGAAGUGUCAAAUCCACACUUAUAAAGCACAGAAAUGGGUGGGAAUGAAUUAUGUUGGUGGUGAAAGGGGAAUGAGUUUAAAUGUGAAUGUGUGGGUUGCUUAAGACAAAUUAACCAAUGAUGUGUUUGCUGUGUGCUGUAAAUAAAGUCAUUGAGCAAAACCGCAGUUCAUCUGAUUCAACCAUGUCUUGAACUUUUGUUUUUGCAUUUAUUUAUUUAUUAUUAUUUUUUUUUCAUCUUUUACUGGAAAGACAAAAUUCCAGACCAAAAUCCAGAAUGGAUUUCACCACAAAUGCAAAAAAGCGAAGUUUGUAGCAUAGAAAGAAGAGAGAAAAAAAUGAUCUUUUGCAUUGACAAUAUUACACCACAUUGUUCAUAAACUUUAAAAUGGCAUGAUGGACUUGAUUUCGGGGACUUUUAUUUUGUAAACCUAACAAAGGUUUGAAACAUCUUUCUUUACAGGACAUAAGGCACGUUUAGACAAAUGCUCAUGGGCUGUUUGUAAAUAUGUAUGUAUGAAUGUUUGUGUGUAAAUAUGUUAGUCACAAAAUAAAAAUUGGAUAUUGUUCACAUCUAAUUUGCUUUACAAGAUUUGAUAUUGUUGUCCCAUUUAUUAUAUCUUUUAAAAAAUCAAGAUUGCUCUGAUAUAUGCAUUUUAACAACUACUAAGAAUGUACUUUUGUUUAGUCUUUAAUUUAUUCGUUUUGUUUUUUAUUCAACAGAAUGCGUACACAAGUUUCAUGUAACUUUAGUAAGUAACUGCAUAUAUAUGUGCUUGAUUGGUGCAAGCUUUACAUUUUUAUUCUUUUCGUCAGAUCAUAGAUUAUGGAAUAGUUUCUGACAACUCUUCAGUUCAAAGAUGAAGAAACUUUUUUAACCAGUCACCCUUUCCAACCAAGUCAGUACUGCUCACUGCCUGUGAUGUUUUAUUUUUUAAAUCUUGUUUUUGAGAAGAAGAGCUCAUAAUUACUCCUCUUUUUGUUUUGGACAUGAGAGAGUUAAAUGUCCGAAUUCUAUUUUGUAAAGCCAUAGAACGUUAUAAGGGAAUAUGUGCACUAACAUGUGUGAUGUGCAUGACUUCAAUAAAACAAAUUUACUU